AUGAUCGCUGCAGCUCAAUUCGGAAAAUUCCCUCACGACCCAAAGGUGAUAGAGGUUUUUCCUCAGAGAGGGCCACAGGCAGGAGGAACAACUCUGACAAUCACAGGCAGAAAACUUUUGACUGGUCGAGUUACUGAUAUCAGUGUCCUACUAGGGAAUGUGCCUUGUUCAUUAAUAUCAAGUGUUCAGGAGGAAACUAUCAAGUGUCUGACUGGCGCUAGUAACAGGACAGGAGAACACAGAGUGACUGUGCGAUAUGGAAACACUGAGCGACAUCUCCAUGGCAGUGGCUACAACUAUACCCCUGACCCCAACAUUACACAUGCCAUGCCCUCUAAGAGCUUUAUCGGUGGAGGGCGUGUAAUUAACGUUUUCGGCCAGAACUUAGAUGUGGUCCAAAAGCCUCAGAUGCGAGGGACAGUGGUCCUCUCAGACUCCGUUUAUCCCUUGAGGAGACCCAGACAAAGGAGAAAAAGGAGUGUGACAGAUGUGGAAAUGCAGUUUGUGAAGGAUUGCGAGGUGAAAACCUCUUCUCUGUUGUUGUGCCGGACUCCUGGUGUAGAUACUCAAGUAGUUGGUGGCCAUAUGCUGGUUGAGUUUCUGUUGGAUAACUUGCACUUUGACUUUAACUCUGUUAGCCAGUCACCUUUUACCUAUAAACCCAACCCAACCCUGCACCCGCUGAACCACCGUGAUCCCACAAAACCAUAUCGCUACAAACCUGGAUCAGUUAUAUCAGUGGAGGGUGAGAAUUUAAACUUGGCCAUCUUUAAAGAGGAAGUAGUAGCUCUGAUUGGUGAAGGAGUUUGUACUGUUAAAACUUUGACACAUAACCACCUUUAUUGUAAGCCACCACCACAGCAGCCCCCACUAUUCCUCAGGCAUGGGCACAAGCGAGAGGGAGCUGAGGCCUUUCCAGAAUUUAUAGUGUAUAUGGGAAACCUGAACUUUUCACUGGGACAAGUGCAGUAUGAUUCUCCUAGUCACUCCACUGUGACACUGGUGGCACAGAUUGGGGUUGGAGCAGUUGCUUCUCUUGUUGCUCUUAUUGUGCUUAUCAUCGUGUUUAUAUACAGAAGAAAGAGUAAACAGGCUUUGAGAGAUUAUAUGAAAGUUAAAAUACAGUUGGAGAAUCUAGAGACCAGUGUGAGAGAUCGCUGCAAAAAAGAGUUUACAGAUCUGAUGACUGAAAUGAUGGAUGUAACAAUUGGUCUGGUUGGAUCAGGGAAUCCUUUCUUGGAGUACCGUAGGUAUGCUGAACGCAUCUUUUUCCCUGGACACCGUGAGUCCCCACUUCGCAGAGACCUGGAUGUGCAGGAGUGUCGACGGGCCACAGUGGAGCAAGGACUAUUAUUUAAUCUCCUAAACAGCAAACUCUUUCUCACAAAGCAUUCAGCUGGUGAGUCUUUGUACAUGCUCUUCAGAGCAAUUAAACACCAGGUGGAUAAAGGACCCGUGGAUGCAGUGACUGGCAAAGCCAAAUACACCUUAAAUGAUAACCGCUUGCUAAGAGAGGAUCUAGAAUACCACACUCUGACAGUGAAUAUCUUGAUGCAGGGAAUAGGUGUGAAUGAGACUCAACCAGUUGCUGCUAAAGUUUUAGACUGUGACACUAUAACCCAAGCGAAGGAGAAGAUACUAGACCAGGUGUUCAAGGGCACUUCAUACUCUCAUAGACCACAUGCUGACUCGGUGGACCUAGAAUGGCGGUCUGGUGUAGCAGGUCACCUUAUCCUCUCAGAUGAAGAUCUAACAUCUGUGGUUCAUGGCAACUGGAAACGCCUCAACACACUCCAGCAUUAUAAGGUUCCGGAUGGAGCAACAGUAGCUUUGGUGCCUUACUCCCCAACACUGGUGCCGCGCCAUAGCAAACAUAUUCACCAUGAUACCCAUGAUUACAUUGCAGGGGAGAAGACGCCCAUGCUAGAGGAUGCAGAUGAGGGAGGAGUGAGAAUGUGGCAUCUAGUGAAGGCCAGCGAGGAACCAGAGUUACCCAAACACAGACGAGCCAGUUUAAAAGAACGAGAGAGAGCCAAGACAAUACCAGAGAUCCAUCUCACACGGUUACUGUCAAUGAAGGGUACACUGCAGAAGUUUGUGGAUGAUCUGUUCACAGUUAUCCUAAGCACUAGCCCCCCAGUUCCUCUGGCAAUUAAAUAUUUAUUUGACUUGCUUGAUGAUCAGGCAAUCCGCCAUGGCAUUUUAGACUCUGAAACUAUUCACAUCUGGAAGACUAACAGUUUGCCUCUGCGGUUCUGGAUCAACAUUGUAAAGAACCCUCAGUUCAUCUUCGAUGUGCAGGUGUUGGAUAAUGUGGACGCGGUUCUGUCAGUUAUUGCUCAAACAUUCAUGGACUCUUGCACUACCACAGAGCAUAAACUUGGCAGGGAUUCACCUAUUAAUAAGUUGCUGUAUGCCAGAGAUAUCCCUCGCUAUAAACAAAUGGUUGAACGAUAUUAUGCAGACAUCAAGCAGACCAUCUCUGCCAGUGAUCAGGAGAUGAACUCCGCUCUUGCUGAGCUCUCCAGGAAUUACUCUGGAGAAUUAAAUUACCUGGUGGCCCUGCAUGAGCUCUAUAAGUACAUCAACAAAUAUUAUGAUCAGAUUAUCACUGCCUUAGAGGAAGACACCACCGCUCAGAAGAUGCAGCUCGGCUACCGGCUUCAGCAGAUCGCUGCAGCUGUAGAAAAUAAAGUGACAGACUUGUGAUCAAGGACAA